GAUUCGAAAAAGCUUCUUUGAUUCAAAGUGACAAUGAGUAAAGAUAAAAAGGGAGAAAUUGGCUCGGUUCUGGAAUCGCCGAGGACAAUAACGAAGAGAAUUGAAGGGCAGUUCAUUCGUGGUGUUCUCGACGAAGAACGUAAAGCCCAGAAAGCUCUUUCAUUGCUCAAAGCUCGUCACCGUAAAAUUGCUUUGUUGGAGGAAAAAAUCGUAAAAUUGAAAAAUGAUGGAGAAGAUGGCUCGCGUGGUAUUUUUCGGAAAGCAUCCAUGGACAAGGCGAAUCUUGAAAACAGUUCAAACAAAGAAACUGCUUAUCUUAGUUUCUCGGCAUCGAGGACAAGCGAUCCUCAGAAAUUCAACGAUGAAGAGAAAUUUGAAAAAAAUGGUCAUUUCGUCAGAGAAAUCACUAAACUUUUUGGAGAAAAAGAGAAUCUUCUGAAGGAGUCGAUCAUGUCGUUCAAGUCGAUCAAAAGUUCAGACACGAUGUCAAGGCCGAAUUCAACAUUGGCAUCGGCGUGUAUCUCGAAUUCCGAGCUCGAGGCUGCUGUUUCGCGAAACGUCAGUUCAGACUCCAACGUUAGUUUGCAUUUGACUAGCGACGAAUCUGGCCACGACGAUAGUUCGGUCAAUCUGGUGGUGACUGCUGCAUUAGCAUUUUCAAAGUUCGACAAUAUUCAGUCCGAGCCUAACGAGCAUGUCGAAGUUUCUCACAAGGAACGAGCAGUCAACGACGACGAGGAUAAGAAGCACUCGUCGGAAAAGUCGUCGAAGAAAAAUCUUAUUUCCACGAGGUUUCCGACUAGCCUGCCCGGUAUAAAGACGCGACUCUCGAAGAGACAUCGGAAACGAUUGGGAAGAAAAAUCGAAAGAACUUUGGAACACGACUUGGUCAACAGAAAUCUCGAGAAAGUUCAGACCGGCGUGAUCGAGUCGCCGCAACAAAUGACGCGGUUCCCUCAUGACGAUGCACCGAAGACGGAUGCGUCGAGCGCAGCAUCCACUGUCCAGAAGCAAAGGGUCGAGGACAAAGUGGCCGGCGAAGACGCGCAAGAAGCUGCCCCUAUCCCAGAUCUCGUAUUUGCAUCACACAGACAAAAAUUAACUUCGACGCAGACGCCCGAACAUUCGAAUGGGACAUUGGACGAUCCCAAAAACAUGAACGAUUCCAUUGAUCCUCGCAAUCAGUUUUCGGGUCAAACACUAUUUUCAGGAACUUGGUCCACGGAGGAUGAACCAGCGCCUCAAUGGUUGAUUGAAGAAGCCCUCAAAAGGGGAGAUGAAAAUACAAAAAAUCAUCAUCGAUCAGCCAAUGAAAAUUGUACGCAAAGCGAUGUUGAGGACAAUAAUUCUACUACUGGCUCAAAGGCCGAAGGUGUAAUAUACGACCUCGAAAAACAAUUAUGCAUGACGAAAACCCAACUAGCGGAAGCCUUGAACGAACAACUGAAUAUUAAAAAUAAAUACAAAAGAGCAUUGAAAGAUGUUAAAGCUGCUGCGGACGAAGAGCGAGACCGUUUGCAACAAAAAAUAGUGCAGAUCUGCACUUCGGUGCUCGAGAAAUUCGGUCCUCAAGCACUGAAGCAUGGGAGAAUAAAAAUGUGUCCGAAAAAGCGUCAGAGGCCUUUGCAAAAUUUUGGGAAAGUUUCAAAAAAACUACAUCGAAAAAUCAAGCUCGCCAAUCGGAUCUCGUCCGAAUUGAAAGAAGAAUUAAAGCUGACGAAAACACAGUUGGAGGAAAAAUCUCGACAGUACGAUUCAAUGAUGAAAUGUUUUUCAAGUCUGAGAACGGAACUAAAACGUGCUGAAUCGAGUAUGAAUGAUUUACUGAAUGAAAAUCUUCUGUUGCGCAAGAAAAUCGAAGAAACCCGAGAGUGGGUGUACACACGAGUGAACAAAGAGCGUCACGAGAAAAUGAACUCCGCCCAAUUUCGAGAGAUUCAGCGGAGCCGAGAGCUCGCGAAUUUAAAGACAAAAAGCCAGGAAGACAUCGCGACAAUAGCUCAGCUGCGUAGCAAACUCUCCCGAAUAGAAUCUGCGAAUGCGAAUAAAGGAUUCUUGCUCAACAAUUACAAGGCACAACUGGCCGAUCUGGCGAAGGAUAAAGCAACGUUAUCAAACAGAAUAAAUGAAUUGGAGCUCGAUAACAGCUCGCUGAGAUCCGCCAACGCACAGCUCCAAGCCAACUUUGCGUUGAUCAAUGAAAAUAAGCAAAAACUUGGUUCGAAAUCAGAAAAAUCGGGAAUGGAUAUCAGGGAUCAUAUGAGCGUAAAAAUUCCUUUAUUUUUCAAAUCUCAAUAUUUCGUGCAUACGAUUUAUUCAACAUUAACAAUCAUCAACCGCUCUGACAGCUUCGACCACGAAACUCUCCAAAAUACUAUGCUAUCAACGCACUUUCAUUCGCGUCGUCGAGUGUCCUUAAAAGCGGAUUGGAUCCACGCUCGAUCAGCGAACAAUUAUGACGCAAAGAAAAUCGCACUUUUGCAGAAAUUCUUGAAAAAAAUUGACGCGUACAACGCAGAACUCGAUGCCGAACGUGACUUCAGCUGCAGCGAAGCGAGUGAACGCGAGGCGCACGAAACUGCCUGUGAAAUAUUGAACAUAACGCCGGGAGAAUUGACGGGAUUUUUGAGGCAACAUUCGAAUGACAAAAUCAAUUCUUGGCUCUCCGAAAUGCACAAAAUCACGACAAAAAAAUACUUCGCCGACAAUCUGGGACGGUUUUUGUUCGAGAAAGCGAUCAGCCACACGAAAAAUUGA